CCGCGCCAUCUUUGUGGCUUUCAUGCUCAAGGCCUCUCAAUUGGUCGCCUGGCCUUUGCCAAUCCAUAAUGGAACAUCGAAGAAGAGACGAGGGUGGCUUAGUAGGCCUAUUGUGCUCUCACCCGCUCGUUUAGUACCGGCUUCUAGAUUUUUCAAUGCCAAUCCAAAGUCUAGAUGCUCCGGUGUGUUUUUCUCAAACGCCCGUUAAACCUGUGACUGGCGAGAGCGCCAGCGACAUUAUUUGGUUGGACUGGACAUUUGUGAGCGUUCCGGAGCUCCGGAGCUCCGCGGCCGACGGCAGCUCGUCGGAUGCCGUAUUGCUCAGGCGGAGGAUCUUCAGCGGGCGGGAGCACCGGGCCAGAGCAAGGGCCAAUCGCGAGUAUCAAAUGACGGGCGACGUGAAUGUCUUCCGCCCCUUCUUGGCCCCCUUUGUACGGAGCGACAAGACCAAAGAGCUCGGCCCCUGGGAGUGGAGCGAGGCCGUGGAGCGGUGGUUCCGCGUUGAGAAGUCGACUGGCUCGAUUCUUUGGGCACCGCUUCCCGAGUCGUUUAUCUGAGACGAGUUGCGGUGUAUUUCGCAAGUCGGUCGUAACAGGUGGUUGGACAAAAAAAUGGAGAGUGUACUUGUGUAAGAUGAAUGUCUCUCGGCCGUUG